AUGACCGGCAUGCGUGUGAACGCAUAUGAAACGAAAAGCCUAGUGAUUUCUCGUUAUCCUACCCGUUGCUCUCGUCAGAUUAACGGAGAGGGAGUGGAGCAGGUGGAGAAGUUGAAGUACCUCGGAACUGUAUUUAGUAGUGAUGGAAAGUUGGAGGAAGAGAUCGACCGGCGAAAUGCAGUAGCCAGAGGAGUUCUGCGUGAACUAAUCUGA